AUGGAUCUAGAUCACUUGGACGGCACCAUUUCAGUCUACGAAGCUCGAAUAGACUUACUGGUUGGUAAAUAUUGUAGUAAGAGGCCAUAUAGAUGCACCAUAGAGGAUAAAAAAGAAAUAGAAAAUCAAGUGGCAAAAUUACUAGAAAAUAAGUUAAUUGAAGAAUCCUAUAGCCCGUUUGCAGCACCAGUAACUCUUGCAUUCAAAAGAGAUGAAAACAAACGAUCAAGAUUGUGUAUAGAUUUUCGCGAAUUGAACAAAAUAGUUAUACCGCAAGCUCAACCAUUCCCAUUAAUAGAAGAUUUAAUAAUAAAAACAAGAAACUAUAUAAAAAAGUUGUGUUCUCAACCAGUGUUGGAAAUAUUUGAUAAGAAUUUGCCAAUAAGAAUUUACACAGAUGCAUCACUAGAAGGCAUUGGUGGAAUAUUUAAACAGAUACAAAACAAUGAAUGCGAGGUGGAAAUGGAUACAAUGAGCGGUAAAAGAGGAAUAGAAAACAGAAGAAACAUGGAAGAUAAGAAAGAGAUAGGAAAAACAGGAGAGGCUGCAAUUAAAAGGGGUAGGCCGGGGAAGGCGGAAACACUGUGGAAAAAACCUGAGAAAGGAACCCAAGACGUGGGAUCCAUGUUCAGGGAGACAUCAUAUGGAGAAGAGAAAGACAAGAGAAAACAGGAAGAGAAGAAUGGAAGCACAGAAAGGGAGGAGAAUCAGAGUGAGAUUAAAGCAAGACAAGAAGAAUCUAAGGAUGGUGAAGGAAAAUUGAUAGGCGACCUAGUUAAAGCGUUAGGAGAAGAACAGGAAGGAGAAUGUAACGUACUGAUAGCGGGAGAUCUAAACGCCAGAAUAGGUAGAGAAGGAGGAAAUGUAGGAUGGGAAGGGGAAAUAGUGGAAAGAAGGUCAAAGGAUGAAGUAAUAAAUGAGUAUGGAAAGAAAUUGUUAGAAAUAGUAAGGGAAAAUGGAUGGCAGUUUUUAAAUGGCAAUAAAACCGGAGGCGAAGAAGGAGAAUAUACGCACAUCGGCGGAAGAGGGGCAACAGUAAUAGACUACGUAGUUACAAACACAGGCGCAUGGGAUAGGAUAAAAGAAAUGAGGGUAGGAGAGAGAACAGAAUCCGACCAUAUGCCGCUAGUAGUAGAGCUUUGGCAAGAGGAAGAGGAAAUAAAGAAAAAGGAGAAAGGGAAAAAGAGAGUCUUCACGGUAUGGGAUAAUGAAGCAAAAGAUAUGUACAGAAAACGGCUGGAGGAAGCAGAAAUGAAAGAGAGUGAAGUAAAGAAAAUAUGGGAAAAAUUGAAAAAGCUAAUCGACAAUAGUAUGGUAAAAAAGGAGAUAUAUUUAGGUAAAAGGAAGGAAGAAGCGGCAUGGUUUGACGAAGAAUGCGAAAGAAGUAAAAGACAGGUGGGAAGAAUCUACAAAAAAUUCAGGAGUGGGAAAAAAGAUAGGGAAGAGUAUAUAGCAGAAAGAAGAAGGCACAGAGAAGAAUAUUUCAUGAACUUGUUGGGAGGAAAAGAACAAAGGGAAACGGAACGUAGAAUUAGAAAAAGAAGAGAGGAGGAUGAUGAACGGGAUCUGACAACAGCGGAGAUAGAAGAACAAAUUCAAAAAUUGAAAGAAAAGAAGGCAACAGGGGAAGAUCAAAUUCCCAGCGAGGCAUGGAAAUACUGUACAAGUAAAGUGAAAGGAAAAGUUAUAGAGAUGGUACAGAAGGUAGUGCAGAAAGAAAGAGGGAAAAGAGGAGGCAAGAUAUAUGCUUUCUUUAUGGAUUUAAGGGCAGCUUUUGACACGGUAAACAGGGCGAAAUUGUGGCAAGUAAUGGAAAGGAGAGGAGUGGGAAGAGGUUUAAUAGAAAGAGUGAAAGAGUUAUAUGAGGAAGUGAAAGCCGAGGUUUAUACAGAAGAGGGAAAUAGUGAAGAGUUUUGGCUAACAGAGGGGGUGCGACAGGGAUGCCCCUUAAGCCUAACUCUGUUUGCAUUAUAUAUUUCAGACAUGGAAGAACGGCUAAAGGAAAUAGCAAAAAGUGAGAAGGCACUGAAAGAGAUGUUGAAAAUUUUGAGGAGAUAUUUAAGGGAGAAACAGUUAACUUUAAGCACGGAAAAAUCAAAAGUGAUAGUGUUUGAAGAAGGUACAGGGAGGAAAAAGAAUAGACGAUACGGAGAAAACAAGGAGCAAGUAAAUAAAUUAGCCAAGAAAGCGAUGAUGGCAGUAAGGCAGGUUUGGGGUUUGGGAGAAAGACUAUUUAGGGAUAAUUUUGGGAUAAGGAUGUGGUUGUACGAAAAAUUGGUAGAGAGUGUGAUGAUUUAUGGAGUAGAGGCAUGGGGACUGGACAGAUGGACACCCAAUUACAUAGUAAGGAAAGAGACGUUGAGAAAUAAGUUUAAAAUUAAAACAAUAGAAAGAGCAAUAAGAUUUGAGGAAAAAGUAGAGGAAAGUGAAGGGAAGCCGUUACUCAGGAAAUGUCUGGAGGAGAAGAUUAAAAGUCAGAUGGUAACGGAAUGGGGAAAACAAAGAAUAAGGAGCUUAAACGAGAGUGGAUAUAGUCAGGAAGGAAUAGAAGAACUUAAAAGAAGAGGGGAAAAGAUGAGCGAAAAAGUGAAGGAAAGAGAGAUAGAAGUAGACAGACAAACAUUACAUGGGAAGAUACAAAGGGCGAAAUACAAUGAAAGGUAUAAGGAAAUUGAACCACACACGCAGUUACCGGAGUAUUUAAGAAAAGAAGGGAAGAAUAUGGAGAUGAAACGGAAGGCAAGGGCACGAUGUGGAAAUCUGGAGGAAAGUAAUAGAUAUUGGGAAAAGGAGGAAAAUAGGAAGUGCAGGCUAUGCAAGGAGGGAUUAGGAACUAUAAGACACCUGAUAAGGGAAUGCAAACAGUUAAAAAGGACAGCACUAAAAGAACAGGAUAUAGUAGCAGAGGAGAGCAAAGAGGAAGUAAUGGAAUGGUGUAGAGAAUGGGAAAAGAAAAGGAAGGAGCUGCAAAUAACAGAUAUAGGAUAA